AAUGCGAACACCUGAGAGAUUAAGUUGAGUUUAGUUAAAAUCACAAUCGAGAGAGAUCUGUCAAAAUUACUUAAACGUCAUUAAGAUAAAGAUGACAACUCCCUUUCAAACGCAACUUUUAAAUGCUUUAGGGAGUAAGACAAAAUAUCUGGCGGAAUUAAAAAAGACAUUUGCACGUCCAUUAAUACAACUUGCAGUGAAAGCAAUAGAAUUGGAAUACAUAGAAGAAGGUGUACUAGAGCGGAUAAGUAAGAAAUAUAAUAUACCUGAGGAGCAUGUAGAUGAAUACUAUGCUGCUAUUCUCUCAAUUUUGAAAAUACAUCUACGUUUACAAUGCCAUGAUAUCAAGCCUGUAGAAUUCAAGCAAUGUUUAGAGGAAUUGAAAUUGACUCCAGAUUGUAUAGAAGAUUUAUUCUCUGUGAUUUAUGGUCCAAAGCGAUCUGAUCUAUUAUCAGGUUUAAUUCAAAGAACAAAAUUUAAUCCACAAUUGAUUUCUUGCAAAUGGCGUGUGGAUAUUACAAUCUCUUCUAAUAUAAUAAACAGAGUACUAGAACCAAGUAUUGUGAUGGAAUGGACUUUCAAUACAGGCAAAUGUGUAAUAUUCGAAUUGUCUUUGCCAAAAUUUCACCAAUUGAGGCACACUAUAGCCACUAUUCUCGUCGAAUUACAAACUUUGGAACGGCAUAGUAUUUUCAAAUCUAUCCAAUCCAGUUGACAAUAACUCGUUAUUGAAAGACUGACAAUGAGAUAAAAAUGUUAAAACUCACUAUCUGUAACUGCAAUUCAUAAAUUUUUUAUGGUGUG